GUCUUUCUCAGGUACACCAAGAUGAAGACGGCCACCAACAUCUAUAUCUUUAACUUGGCUCUGGCUGAUGCUCUGGUGCUGGCAACUCUUCCUUUCCAGGGUACGGAUGUGUUUCUUGGUUUCUGGCCCUUCGGUAAAGCCCUGUGCAAGGCGGUGGUCUCCAUCGACUACUACAACAUGUUCACCAGCGUCUUCACGCUGACCGUCAUGAGCAUGGACCGCUACGUGGCCGUGUGCCACCCUGUCAAAGCCCUGGACAUGAGGACUCCCCACAAGGCCAAGGUGGUCAACAUCUGUGUGUGGGUGCUGGCCUCAGCCAUAGGGGUUCCAGCUAUGGUGCUUGGAGAUGUUGAAGAUGACCACGGGAUUGAGUGUAUCCUGGUCCUGCCGGACCCUCGUAGCCAAUGGGACCCCGUGUUUGGUACGUGUGUGUUCCUGCUGUCCUUCCUGAUCCCGGUAGCCAUCAUCAGCAUGUGCUACAGCCUGAUGGUGAAGCGCCUGCGCAGUGUGCGCAUCCUGUCCGGCUCCAAGGAGAAGGACCGCAACCUGCGGCGGAUCACGCGCAUGGUGCUGGUGGUGGUGGCUGUCUUCGUGGUGUGCUGGACGCCUAUCCAGAUCAUGGCACUGGCCCAGUCGCUGGGCUUCAACUUGGCCAGCGUGCACACGGUGGUGCUCAUGCACUUCUGCAUCGCCCUGGGUUACGUCAACAGCAGCCUGAACCCGGUGCUCUACGCCUUCCUGGAUGAGAACUUCAAGCGCUGCUUCCGCGAGUUCUGCCAGCCCUCGCCCUUCCGCCUGGACGCACAGCAGUCUGGCCGCAUGCGCAGCAUUGCCCGCGACGUCGCCUUCAACUGCAAGACCACGGACGGCAUGAGUAACCCGGCAUGACUAGGCGUGGAGCUGCCCCUGGUCAGCCCCGAGCCGCAGCCUAAUCCAGGGACAGGGAACUCGAACUCUGAGCUCACUCAGAUCACCACUCUCUAGCGCCACGGCCACCUCCGCCUAGUGAGCGGAGGAAUGGGAGGGGCUAGGAGCGAGGGUGAGGUCAAAUUUAAGGACACGCCCUCGUAGGGACAAAGGGGCUCACUUUUCAGUGUCUUACUUGUAUUUUCGAUGUCCAUGUCCACAUCUUUUCGGCGUCUUUUUUUGUUUUAGUUCCGUUGUCUGUUGUUAGCAUUUCUAUAAUUGUCGCUGUCUUAUAAAAAUCUCAAUUCUUUUUGCGAGAUGCCCUUUACAUUGCAUGAAAAUUGACACAUGGACCAAUAGAAAAGUCUAAAAUUGUUCGGAAUCGAAUCUCGUUCAGUUACCGCACAUUUAAGUUACCAUUUUGGAGAUGUAAGGUUUUGUUAUAACAGCGACAAGAUGCUUUUUUUUUAUGUCCGUGGGUUCUUUGACAGCUUAGAUCGGACUGCGUUGCCUUAAAUAUAUAACACAAAGUCUGUUGAAGUUAAGCUCAUGGUCUAGAGAAGUUAAUCUUGACGUUUGACUCUAAUUGUUUUGUAUUAAUACCUUCCAUUGAACUAUAUCUUGUGAACAUAUAAGAAACAGAGAACAAAAGAGACUUAGCUGUUAAAGCUUGAUUGUUAUUUCAUUUAAGGGAAAACAUGCUAUUUUUGUUGGUUGUCCUGUAAGAGAAGCAAAAAUAUUUUGUAUUACAUUGUAUUAUAGCAGUUUUAUGCUGAAAAAACAAACGAUUUGUAUAGACAAUGUGUUCGGUGUUGUAUUAAAAGUAAACACGCAUACUAUGAAGUUAAUGAAGCACGAGUCUUAAUAUCGUUCCCGUCAUCGUUACGCCGAUAUUCCUGAACGUUUUCCGUGUACGCAGUACGUUGUUUCGCUACUGCGUGUUGAUAUUCUUUGGUGAGUCGAAAAAACAAGGUAUAAACGUGAUCAGUUUACAUUACAGACCUCUGAAUGUCAAAUGACUUUUAUAAAGGAAGCUACAACUAAAAAAUGGAAAGAUUCAUCAAAAAUCUGAUCAAAAGCCAGACACUGUAAAUACAAAGGCUUCUUGUAUAUUGUAUUUGAUGUUGUAAUGAUUUCUUCACUUGCUGCUUUGGAUUGGUUAUUUGUCUAUUUAUAGAUUCGUUUAUUUAUAUACUGAUGAGGCUUGAUGACGCGUAGACUGCAAUGCUGAAACUGUCUAGUCGGUUAUCGCUAUGGGGUCUAGACAGCUGUACUGGAAAUCUUAUAUUUUUUCUCUGCAUAUGAAUUAAAUGGCAAUUAUUAAAUGGCACUCUGAAGGCUUGUAUUGGAUUCCA